UUCUGUUUUGUGAAAUAACUUGAAAUAUUUGAAGAUUUUGAACUCGCUAUGAGUAUCGAGCGCGCUCGAGCUUGCGUCGGGCCCUCGCCCGUCACCAAGCGCCUCUGCGCUACCAUUGUGUUUUUCAUCGGUGUAAUCUGUGUUUUUGGAGGUUAUUUAUUCUGCCACAUGUCGCGAAACGAUGUAAAGAGGAGCAACGAAAUCGUAUCAUUCAACUUGACGAUCGCAGCCGAGAAUUUGUACAAAAAAGCGAAGAGAAUUCCGCCAAAAGCCAUCCUUCACAACGACCCGGAGAAGGUGACGGCGAGACUCCUGGACAUCUUUAACUGCUCGCAGGCGGACUGUGGGACAAUUAGUCACUAUAAUGUGGCAGAGUUUAUGAAACGUUCCAUCAACUUGAAGGUUAUCAGACUAUUGAAAUCUGUGAAUAAUGCCACUAUGUAUUUGGACUCCUUGAGAUGACAUUAGAUGAUUUCUCACUAGGUGUAUGACUGUUCAAUUAUCAGGUAUAUUCAUAAGGGCGUCCACUGGCGUGGGCGGGUAAUGGUGAGGGCCCCGCAUUCGGGUGCCAUUUUAGGUAAUAUCCGUUGCACGCGUCCGCGCGUUGCCGAUACUAUUUUUCGUUAACUCGCUCCAGCUAGCGGACGCCCUAAGAGAUAAUACGAUUUCUAAAAAUGUGCCUUUCCAUAGAAGAAGGCCGAAGGGUCCUAAUGCUCAUUUCUAGUUACGGAAAUAUGAACGUUUUUGUAAAAUAAGUACUUCAAUAUUAUCAUUUUCUUAUUUUCUGCUUAAUAAUAAAAAGUAGGAAUAGGCGUGCUUUUCUAGCUUAGUUUCACUCGUAUACGUUAAGAGUCCCCGGCAAGCUCGGUUCUCCAUACAAACGUAGUUCCGCUCUCAUUUUAAAAUAGAUUGCUCUGAAACUUUGUAAAUACUUAGAAUAGGAAGUAUUCUGUCUGUAAUUAGUUUAUGUAGCUUCAGAUACAAAAUUUAAAAAAAAUACAGCGAAUUUAAGUUUUUCAUACAAAACUUUUGCUCUAUUUCGUUUGCUUUAUAAACUAAUUACAGACCUAGAUAUACCUCGUCAUUGUAUGUGCAAUGUUUCAUUACAAUCCAUCACAUAGUUAUAAAAUGAGAACGAAACUCCGUUUGUAUGGGAUGGUGAAAUUCGGCCGAGCUUGCCGGGGACUCAAGUAUUUAUGUUUAAAUUGGUUUCAAAGUUUAGUUAAAAAGGGUCCUUAUGCUAGUGCGCACAAAAAUCAUAAAGCUAAUGAUUAACAUGUAUUAUUUUGGGACGUUUUUCUAUGUACAAGCAAGUGCGGAAUAUUUUUCGACAAUUUGGUGAGCUCUCACGGUUUAUUUUAAUAAUCAAUGAUAUACAUAAUUUUGGCAUUUCAUGCCUUAAGGUUCCUUAUACUCGUUAUGGAGUUAAGCAUGGAUCCUAAAUCUACGUUAUAUAGGCUACCUAAUACAAAACAAAUUAUGACUCUUAAGUACCAUACUUAAAAAAAAAAAAAAAAACAUCAAACCUACACAUCUUAAACCGCGUUUUUGAGAAAAACGCAUUUUAAAUAUGUUUCCGUUGAAAGUUAUAGAUGAUGAUUGAUUAUGUAUCUUAAGGUGUUUUUCUUUGAAAUACACCAAUGUUUAUUACUCAUUAUUGUUUUUACCCUUGGGGUACGGAACCCUAAAAAAAGAAUAUUCUAUUAAAUAUGAAUAUGUUCUGCCUAUAAAAAAUGUGAUUUAUAGUUAGUCAAACCAAUUUGUCAGUCAGUAACAAUCAGGAAAAUUAUACUCGUCCCUUUCUUUUAGGUGCUAGUACUAGUGUAAGACAAAGAUAGUAUGAUUCUCUCUGUCCGUUUGAAAUGAAACUGCCCUUUGACAAACUA